AUGAAGGCCCACGAAACCGCUGAAUUGGAAGGCGAAAGCAGCUCUGUCUCCCCAACGACUGACACUACGCCACCACUGCCGGUCCGCCAAGGUGUUCGAAGAUGCUCGCCGAGCAGCUCGACGGGGCAGAGGAACGCACAGAAGAAUGGACGCCCACCGCUGCAAUUGAGACCGAAAGCCGCGAGGCCAUCCAUGGGACGCCGCACGUCUUCAAGCCAGUGGUUCCCGCCGUCCCCCGUCGCCAAUUCCCAGCCAGAGCCAGAGGCGGCGUUGCCCCGAACUCUAGAAGAUCUUCACAUGGAACGACUUUAUCUCCUGGAGAGCCUGCAUGAGCAUGACAAGCGAGCAAGGAUCCUAUUCACGCAGCUGUCGUCAACCCAGGAGCGGUUGCCGUGUGCCCAGACCCUCAACGAGUCGAAGAAGAUACGCAAGGCCGUAAACACCAUCAGGAAGAAUAUUAACCGCAAUGCCACACAGGAGAGAUCUACCCUCGCGCGGCUGAGUGACCUCUACAUUGAGAUCCAGGGCCGGGAGCGUUGGCACCAGAUCCAGCAGCAGAAGGCGGCGUCGCAGGCGUGUCUCUUUGGCCCGUACUACCCCGUCUCUCCCUGCAUCAUGGCCCCGCCCAUGUAUUCAACCAUGCCCUCACCGGUGGCGCCCGACUCACCUUCGACCAUGUCAUGUCUGAGUCCCCUGUCGCCGACAUUUGUCCCUGGUACGACAUUCCCCGAGAGCAUCUUUUGGGCUGGAGGGGUGAGAGAUGGAGAGGAUAGCAGUACCCAGACCAACACGGAAGGACUUGGAGACAAGGAUGAUGAUGAGCAUGCUUCGCCCGGUCUGCGGUGGGAGUUUGCUGUUGACGACUGGGAGGACGACGGCUACUUGGAUAUCAUGUCAAAGGCGCACGAGCGACGAUGCUCAAUGGCCACGACGUUCCCUCCAAGCUUCAAGCUUUGUCACAGACGGUUGAGUCUGCCGUCUCUACGGACGUACUGGCCCGGUUCUUUCUACGAGGAGGAUGAAAAAUAG